AGGGAUGUCAUGUGAAUGAGAGAGUGGUUGAGUGUUUGGCGCCAAAUGAGUGCACAUUAGAUGACAUACCAGUGCUUUGGAUGUGAUUGAGUGACAUCUUAGUGACCACUCAUUACCACCAAAAUGGAGGACGAAUUGAGUGCUUUCCUGAAGCCAUCGCAUGCAUCACCAAAACACAUCCGUAAGCGUAAGUCACUGUCGUGUGUGAGUCCUAUCCUAUCACCCGAUGAUGGCAUCGGCAUGUCUUCGGACUCUAUGAACGACUCGAUCGCAUCGGCGGUCAAACGGCGCCAAAGAAGCUGUCGAUCGAAACAAUUCGAUUCAAAGUUCUUCUAUGACUCCGUUGUCCAGCAAAUCGAGAACAAAUACAAGAAGAGGACUAAAGACGACGAUAUCAUCGAUUUGAAUGAAAUGCAGAUCAUUCAGAAAAAAGGAAGUAUAGAGCGAAGGGAUCGGACGGACAUCGGAUACUUCGCCGACAAUACUUUGGAAGACUUGCGACAAAAGUCUUUUCGCGACAAUCGUCUGAUC